GCGGGCGGAAGGCGGGGGGCGGGUCGUGACAAGCUUGAGGGCGGCUGCUCGCAGUUCUCCACUCUACGGGUCUUGGAAGUCUGUUCCUGGACGUGGAGGAGGCGGCACCCAGCGGAUCUCUGCGGCCUAGGAGCCUAUCAAGUGGAUAAAUUCAGAGCAAAAAACUUCCCGCCCCCUUCCAGGGAAUUUAUAAAUGACAGAAUCAACAGAUAGGAUAUAAAAAAAUUCUGCAAAAAUGUCUUUGUAUCCAUCUCUUGAAGAUCUGAAAGUAGACAAAGUAAUUCAGGCUCAAGCUGCCUUUUCUGCAAACCCUGCCAACCCAGCAAUUUUGUCAGAAGCUUCUGCUCCCGUCUCUCAAGAUGGAAAUCUGUAUCCUAAACUUUAUCCGGAGCUCUCUCAAUACAUGGGUCUGAGUCUAAAUGAAGAAGAAAUAUGUGCAAAUAUGGCCAUAGUCCCUGGAGCACCAGUGCAGGGGCAGUUGGUAGCACGGCCUUCCAGUAUGAACUAUAUGGUGGCUCCUGUAACUGGUAAUGAUGUUGGAAUUAGAAGAGCAGAAAUUAAGCAAGGGAUUCGUGAAGUUAUUUUGUGUAAGGAUCAAGAUGGAAAAAUUGGCCUCAGGCUUAAAUCAAUAGAUAAUGGUGUAUUUGUUCAGCUGGUCCAGGCUAAUUCUCCAUCGUCUUUGGUUGGUCUGAGAUUUGGGGAUCAGGUACUCCAGAUUAAUGGUGAAAACUGUGCUGGUUGGAGCUCGGACAAAGCACACAAAGUGCUGAAACAGGCAUUUGGAGAGAAGAUUACCAUGACUAUUCGUGAUAGGCCCUUUGAACGGACUAUUACCAUGCAUAAGGAUAGUACUGGACAUGUUGGUUUUAUCUUUAAAAAUGGAAAAAUAACAUCCAUAGUGAAAGAUAGCUCUGCAGCCAGAAAUGGUCUUCUUACUGAACAUAACAUCUGUGAAGUUAAUGGACAGAAUGUCAUUGGAUUGAAGGAUUCUCAAAUUGCAGACAUACUAUCAACAUCUGGGACUGUAGUUACCAUUACAAUCAUGCCCGGUUUCAUCUUUGAACAUAUUAUUAAACGGAUGGCACCAAGCAUUAUGAAAAGCCUGAUGGAUCAUACCGUUCCCGAGGUUUAAUAAAAGUCAAGUUACAAUGGAAACUUAGCUGAACUUCUCCAGUUUCCUUCUCCGGCAACUCUGUUAUGCACACGAAGCUUUCCAGGAGCCAACAAACAUAUGCUGCAUGAAGAUCUACCUUUCUCCCUUACAUAUGGCUGGAAUCUUGCCCUCUGACCUGUAUCUUGUUCACACUUCAAGACAGUUGUAGCCUUAUCAUGGUUUUACGAUGUGAAACUUUCAAAAGAUGUACUCACUUUCACAGAAUAGUUUAACUACUGGAAGCAUGAUGCUUCUACAAGCCAUUAUGAUUAAGAUGACUGAUAUAGGCUUAGCUUUGUGUUAGAACCAAUCACCUUUAUUCAAGAUAUGGAAUAGUGCUGUUCAUAUUACUUUAUUUCUGUGGUAUAUAUAUGCAUUUUUAAUGUGUUGCUAUAUUGCAUUUAGAAUGAUUGCCUUUGAUAGUUUCUUUUGUAGUCGUGUGUGUGUGUGUGUGUGAGAAACAUCAUUUAAGUAACACUGGUUUCAUUCCAUGUAAGCAUUAGAGUGUAUGUAGACUGCAAGAUUGUGAUGAUUAUCAUUAAAUGUUAACUACCUUCACUUAAUAUGCUUGAACUGUCGCCUUAACCAUGUUAAGCAUCUAGAAUAAAAGCCAAAAUAUAAUUCUUGCUGCCUUUCUAAAAUCCAAAACGUAGUUCCGUAUUAAGCUGAAAUGUACACUAACCCAGAACAGUUUAACGGUACUUACAAGCUAUUGCAUAGCUAUUUAGUUGUAUUUGAGAUUUUCUAGUAAAAUUGCAUAAUGGAAACUUUUCUAAAAGUUAAUGGUAUCACUUUCUGAGAAAUGAUAUAUAUUUAAUGUAAAAAAUUCUUAUACUAAACAGGAUAAACUUUUGACUCCUUUUGUUGCAUUUGUUGGUUAACUGGGAUGAGACCUAACUUUGGCAUUAUAUAACCGAGCUACUUUGGAAUCGUCUUAGAAUGUCUUCUUGGUAAUUUGUUCCAUUUCCUGACUCCUUCCUGCCAACAAAAUGGCACUAACACUUUAUCCUGACUUUGUUUUAUGCUUAUUCUAUUAUUUUAAUCAAGUAUGUAUAAAUAAAGUAAAAUUUCAGACUGUUA